AUGCAGCCCCCUUGUUCGCUCCAGCUCGGCCCCUGUGGCCCCUCUCCAUCCUUAGGAUCGCAGGGCAGCACCGCUAGUCUCCAGCGGCUGGAAGAGAAGCAGCUCUUUGAGAAGUUUUGGAAGGGGACUUUCAAGGCUGUGGCAACCCCGAGACCGGAGAGCGUCAUCAUGGCUAGCAUCACCGCCCGCAGGAGGGUGACUGACUUAGAGAAAUCAGCCUGCCUGCCGCUCAAGACUGAUGAGAGGAAAGGGUUGGACGCAGACACCCGAGUGGACACAGGAGACAGGAGAAAUUGCUGCAUCAAAGGAAAGGGACGCAAACACCACAGUCAUCGCAGGGUCAGGAGCCCCUCCUUUGAUGAGGAACUCUCUCCUAGGCCCAAGGGGAAGAAGAAGAAGAGAAAGUCCGCACGGAAGAGGAAAAGGAGAAGGUCUCCUUCCCGUAGCCUCUCCCCACUGAGGAAGAAGAAAAAGAAGAAGAAGAAGAGCUCCAAGAAAAGCAAGCGGCAUAGGUAUACCUCCAAAAAGUCCAAACACAGCUCUUCAAGUUUAAAACAUAAGAGGAAGGAUGAGCGCAAGCACAAGAAAAGUUCCCGGACUCACUCACGUCGGAGACGACGCUAUCGGAGGUCAGAGUCGGACAGUUCCUCCUGCCAAUCUUCCACAGAGGACAGACGCCAUGUGCAGAAAUCUGUGGUACAUCAGGCGUUAGGAGACCUGGCAGCUGUAAGAGCGGAAACAAAUGGAGUGCUGGACCGCACGGACAUGAAGUGGAGACCUGCAACCAAAUCAGUGUGUAAAACGGCUCCAAAAUAUCGCUCCAUCCUCUCAACCGGCACCAUUUUGUCCUCAAAACCUGGAAGCGAGCUCUUACAAGGAAAAGGGUCUCACCAUUUAUUGAGCCAGACCGACGCUCCGCACGAUUACGAUUCGGGGAAUGACACGUCCUCGCCUCCGUCGAGCAAAACUGGUGUUUCUCGAGCGAGUGUCGCUGUCAGAAAGCGAGACCACUGUCAACGUCCGGCCUCACCAGAGAAGCUGAAGUUCACUGACAGAGACAAUGCCUCUGACUCAGGAAACUCUGUGACCAGCUACGCUUCCUUGUGCAAACCUUACGGGGAGGACGGCCUGUCUGCUACACUUUUCAGUCGAAAUGGCAAGAGAGAGCAGAUAACCUUGGGGUGUCAGGUAGCGGUUGUGAGAUCUCCAAAGACUUCAAGCUGUUCGCAGAGGAUGAGAGAGUCUUCUCGGAGACGGCUGAAACACCGCUCAUCCAGCAGAAGGAGCAGGAGCCCAUCAUCGGGGAGUUCCAGAUACUCGGGACACUACUCUCGAAGCCUGUCGCUGUCAUCUUGCAGUUCGUACUCACGCUCACCAAGUUAUUCAUCUGAUCCGAGGCGACGAGGCAGCGUGGCCAGCAGCACGAGCUCCAGAGGAAGCUACUCCAGAUACAGCACUGACAGGCUACUUUCCAGAAAGAGAACACCUAGCUCAAGAGACACAGAUGUGAAGCAUAAGGUUAGCCGGAAGAGGCGAAGACGCAAAUCCUACUCUCCUAUGAAGAAAAGGAGGAGAGACUCGCCGAGCCAUCUAGAAGCACGCCGAAUCACGAGUGCCAGGAAGCGCCCCAUCCCUUACUUCAGACCCAGUCCUUCCUCCAGCAGCCGAUCCACCAGCGUGUCCUCCUGGAGCAGCCUCUUCACUCGCAGCCGCAGUCGCAGCCCGAUCUUCAGCAUGAGCCGGAGCAGGAGCCGGAGCCACAGUUACUCCUCCUACAGGAGCUACAGUCGAAGUUCAUCCUGGAACUCAAUCUUUGGGACCCGCAGUCGCAGCCGGAGUCGCGGUUCACUGAACAAACGCAGGAAAAUCAGGCAUUAG